AUGAAGAAAUGCAUAUGCAUACAGGGAAAGAUAUUUUUGGUAAGGAUCCACAGACAGAAGGCUGCGGCCAGCUGCAUAAAAAUGCUGAGAAACUGCGAAAAGCUUGAGCAUGGCCUUACAUAUGAAACAUUUAUUCGCUUUUUUGAAGAGGCUUUGCUAAGUAGCGCGAGCAUACAAGUCCAGGGCUGCACGAAAAGCAAAGCACAUGCGCAGGAAGAAAGCGCGUAUUUGGGCAGCUUGCUGGAGGCAGCAGUAAAAUCUGUGGCAAAAGAAGCAGAUAGAACUCUGUGCCCUCUGCACCGCAUGGCUUUCGCAAAAGGCAAAAUGUGCUACAUUCUGGAUAUGAGCACAAAAAACACAAAGAAGCUAAAAACAGCGCUAGCCAGCGCUAUAAAAGGCCCAGGAGCCAGCAAAUCUGCAGAAGCUUCUUCGCUGUCCGACAAGAUUGUCGGCUAUGUUUCAAAACACCUGAAAGAAGUAGACGCUGCGUUUAGAAAGAGCGAAGGGGCGCAGGAUAUCUACAUGGCAUUUGUCAACCGCUUCCAGAAAAACCGGGACAGAUGGAAUGCAGUGCUGGAGAGCCGCACAGCAUGCUCCGUGCUGGAAGCUGUUUAUAGAGCGUAUGAGGAAGAGCUAAACACCUCGAUCAGAGUUCCUUCAAUAGACGGCCUGUUUGCGCUCAAUGGAGGCUGCCAGUAUACCAUGGAGGCGGGGCUGGACUAUUUGCACAAAAACGUGGUGGCGCUGGAGGGGAAAGAGGGCCCCUUUGAAAAAGUGCUGGAAAGCACAGACGCAUGCGAGGCAAGAGAGCAGAUAGAAAAAACAGUUCCUGCAAAGCUCAUAGGAGCGCUGCUGGCUGUGCAUCUGCACAAAGACGAGGUGCGGGCGGCCAUCCAAAACUACGCCGAGAUGCUGUCCCCCUUCUCUGAUCUAAGCCAGGAGGAGGAGCAGGGGAACAGGCCGUAUCCGCACGAGCCCAGCAUACACGCGGCACGCACGAAAAAAGCGCGCCGGAAGACAGCCCUGCAGGCUGCCAUUUGCGAGGCCAGCAGAACAAAGAGCAUAGGCCCCGUGCUGGAGGCAUGCCAAGCUCUGGAGGACAACAAAGCUCUGCUGCUCAAUGAAAAAGUCCAGGAGAAAAACCAGCUGCUAGAAGCUCUGAAAAAGAAAAAAUCCUGGCUCUUAAACAUAGCCGAACUAGAGUACGCGGAACACAAAACGUUUUUGGCCCAAAUAGGGAUGCUUCCGGAAAGUUCCUGCAUGCGCCUAGAAAAUACAGCAGAGGCCAUAAUAAGCGCCUAUUUGAAAAUGACAAAUCCGCCUGUGCAUAUGCCCGACUACAUAAAAAGAAUAAUGACGCUGGACGCAUCGGUGAAAAAAGCCAAAGAAAAAAUAGCCUCUUUGCAAAGUGAGAUUUCGUGGGCGCUUAAGGCUACGCCUCCCUGCAGGAUCGAGGCAAAAAAAGUGAUGCAAUGGACAAUAUCCAAAGACGCAAGCGCAGUAAUCGCAGGCAAGAAUGCGCGCGGAGUGCUUAUUCAGUUGCAGCCGGCCAAGCCGCGCCUCGAAGACUUCGGGCCUUUUUCAGAGCCUGCAGAAGAGGGCGCAGAGAAAGAGCUUGCGGAUUUUGCUGCAGUCGGCGCCCCAAAUGCGGAGGAGCGUGCGGCCCCUCUGGAUGCAGGCGAAAGCGAGCCCAGUCUAGAAAAAGACGUGGAGGCGCCCCCCAAAGGCUCUCCCUUGGCAGGCGCAAAGGGCAUUUGUGAAGAUCCGGUCACAGAUAAGAGGCUUGUUCCAUACGCUGUUUCUUCGCUAGCAGAGCCAAUGUAUGCUGCCAGAGAGGCACACCUUUUUUCUUUCGCGGCAAGCCAGCAAGAGUGCUUGCUUGAAUCUUCACCGCAUAGCGCACUCCAGCUCGAGGAAACAUCUCGCAUAAACCCUAAACAUCUGGCUAUGUUUCUUACUCUAUGGAUGGUUUUCGGGGUUUUACAGGGACUUGUUACUCACUUGACCCCCUAA